AUGGAUGCUAAAGCUAUUAAUAUCCUAAUAGUGGUAAUACUAGAUACAGGUAGUUGUUGGGCAUUCUCAACAGUUGUUGGAGUUGAAGGUAUAAACCAAAUCAAAACAAAGAAGUUAGUUUCUUUGUCCGAACAAGAGCUGGUUGACUGUGACACCAAGGAAAAUCAAGGCUGUAAUGGAGGGCUGAUGGAUUAUGCAUACAAGUUCAUCAAACAGAAGGGAGGCUUAAAUACGGAGGAUAACUAUCCUUACACAGCCGAAGACGGAACUUGUGAUGCUUCAAAGGAGAAUUCUCCAGUAGUCUCAAUUGAUGGACACGAGAACGUACCUGCUAAUGAUGAGGAUGCACUGCUGAAAACCGUAGCUAACCAACCUGUGUAUGUCGGCAUAGAUGCCGGAGGUUCUGGUUUCCAGUUCUACUCAGAGGGAGUAUUUAGUGGAGACUGCGGCACUGAACUGGAUCAUGGGGUGGCAAUAGUGGGCUACGGAACAACCCUUGAUGGGACAAAAUACUGGACAGUAAAGAACUCAUGGGGUCCUGAAUGGGGAGAGAAGGGUUACAUCAGGAUGCAGCGUGGCAUCUCUGCAAAUGAGGGACUGUGUGGUAUAGCGAUGCAGGCCUCGUAUCCUAUCAAAACCUCCUCAAAUAACCCUAAAGGACCUCCAUCUCCUCCUAAGGAUGAACUCUGAACCACAUUGAUACCAUAUAUUAAGCACUGCUUUUCAGUCUCAGCCGCUAUUUCAUCUCUGCUAAAGUUGCAUCCCUCAUCUCCCCAUAAAAGUACAUAAUUUGUGAGACUGAUUUGAUGAUGGUCUCAUCUAAUGUAUCUCCUUAACUCUUUCAGGAUUUUGAGGAUUAAAUAAAUUAUUUUCAACUCUCUUC